AUGACCGCUCGUCUAGAAUCUGGUCAAACCAUUGCAAUACUAGGUCAAUAUGAUUUGGUAGUGACAAAGGGUGUUGUUAUGCUCUAUGGAGCAAUACUCAGAGCAGGUCCACAAACUCGUAGAAUACUUGCUCCGGCCAGUCAUGCUCUUCCUGUUAUAAGAUGUUUAUCGCCAGAUGGCUCUGAAGUCCAGCUCAAGAGCGUUCGCUUGGAACUUGGUUCUUUGGAAAAUCUCUCACCCCUCUAUGGUCGUCUAUGGAAAGCGAAUACGACAGCGGCAUUACCGGCUUCAAAAUCUUCACUGCAACAUGAUAAGCUACAUUGGUCAUUUGAUAAUAUCCACAAACUUUCAGAUGAUCCAUUGGGUAGACCACUUUACCAUCUUGAGACACCGUCUGAAUGGCAAAAGCCUCUGGACAAGAUUUGUUCCUCACCUCCAGGUCAAAGACUUGUCAGCCGAGUUCUGGUUUGCGGACCCAAAUCAUCAGGCAAAUCAACAUUUAGCAGGAUGCUGCUAAACCGGAUGUUUACUGUCGAUCGAGACGUACUAAAAGCAGACGACCACUCUGUGUUUCUUUUGGAUAUCGACCCAGGUCAGCCUGAGUAUGCGCCUCCUGGCCAAGUGUCUCUGAUUGAAUUACAGCAGCCCGUUCUUGGCCCGCCAUUGGUUCAUCCCAGUGCGAACACUGGCUUACAUCAGCGCACGAUCCGAUCGCACUUUAUUGGUGCCAACAGCCCUAAAGACAAUCCAGAGCACUAUGUGGAUUGCGUUCUUGAUCUGAUGAAGACUUAUCAAAAACAUAUUGACGCCGACGCAACGUAUGGACCUCUAGUGAUCAACUCAGCUGGCUGGACUGUCGGGACCGGCCUGACGAUACUACUCCAGCUCCUCGAACAACUGGAUAUUACCGAUGUAGUCUAUACUACGGAAGAAGCUGGUCGCACUCUCGAUGCCCUUUCCAAAGCUAGCACGACCAAGAAAGCCCGCAUGCACAUCCUUACUGCGCAACCAUCAGGUCCGAAUGCUGCGGGAAGAACAGCAGCCGAAUUUCGGGACAUGCAAAUGAUGUCCUACUUUCAUCUGGGGGCGCCUAAGCAACGCGAUCCAUUCCAGACUUGGGACGCAACUCCUCUCUCUGGUCGUCGGCCGUACGUCCUGCAAUAUGGAGAAAACGGGUGCGAUUUCCUUGGGAUUAUGGCUCUCGGAGAAGCCGUCACACCCUGCACUCUAUCAAAUAUCCUCAACGGUGCCAUAAUUGGUAUAGCGGUGCUGGAUGCUGAGUCUGAGACUGUACUCGCCGCUUCCGGUCUCGACAUUGCACGUACUCCAGAUGAAAACCUACCCUACCUCGUAUCCCGUGAUGGGAAGGGCCAGAUGGAACCUCUUGACCCGCGAACCUGCCGGUUGAUCGGGUUGGCUUUGGUGCGCAGUAUUGAUGUCAAAACUCAAACACUGCAUAUCAUAAGCCCGAAUGCGAACGAUCAUCUUAUCGAAGAGCUGCGGCCGGAGCGGACAGUGUUGAUGCUGGGCAACUUGGACACGCCGGGAUGGGCCUAUUUAGAGGAUCUGCAUCUAGCAGCUCAGAAGAAGGCGGCGAAGCAAAAGAAAGAACAAGCAGGCAGCGGAGCGGCAGUGGAGGAUGCUGAAGGUGAAGUCGUGGGUGCUGAACUCGAUGAUGACGACGCCGAGAUAGGAGAGGGCAAUUUGCCUUGGUUGCAGAAGGAGACUGGGGAAGGUGUCGGCAUUGUUGGGGCGAAAAGAAGGUUGCGGAGAUUCGUGAAUUAG